AAAACUCGAGAGAGAGGGAGGGUGGGGGAUUGCUUGCGAAGAAAGUUUUUUUAAAGUCAUAUGAUGUGAAAAAAUAAACUAAUUUAAAGAUAAAGUAGUAGGAGAGGGGAGGCAUCUCCGAUCACUUUUUCUCAACUUUUUGUUCUUUUAUCAGAACCUCAAGAAGGCCCCCAAUUCUCACCCAAACUUGUCAUUCGUCUCCUUCAUUCCCUCCUUGAUUUGCAUCCCUCUUUCUCUCCUUUGGAUCUUCUAACUAAGUUGUACGCUUUUUGGCUUCAAAGAAGGCUGGUCUACAUAAUUUUUUGAUUGGGGCUAGCUUGCUGGUUAAGUGUUUUCAUUUCUACAAGGUUUCUUUUCAAUAUUAUCAAGAAAUUCUAAAUAAGAUCAUGGCACCCGUUUCAUUGCCUCCCGGCUUCCGGUUUCACCCAACGGACGAAGAACUGGUGGCUUAUUAUCUAAAGAGAAAAAUUAAUGGUCGUAAGAUUGAACUCGAAAUCAUUCCUGAAGUUGAUCUCUACAAGUGUGAGCCAUGGGACCUGCCAGGAAAAUCUUUAUUGCCAAGCAAAGAUUUGGAAUGGUACUUCUUUAGCCCUCGAGAUCGUAAAUAUCCAAAUGGUUCAAGGACAAACCGGGCAACAAAAGCUGGGUACUGGAAGGCCACCGGAAAGGAUAGAAAGGUGAACUCACAGAUGAAGGCUGUUGGAAUGAAGAAAACCCUAGUUUACUAUAGAGGGAGGGCUCCACAUGGAUCUCGAACCAAUUGGGUUAUGCAUGAAUAUCGCUUAGACGAAAGAGAAUGUGAAACUAAUUCGGGCUUGCAGGAUGCUUACGCCCUAUGCCGUAUAUUCAAGAAGAGUUUGAAUGCCCCCAAAAUUCACGACCAUUCUGUCACAACACCAGCUAGUGAUCGGUCCUCUAGCAUUGACAUAUAUUCUGAAGGAAAAUGUAAUGACUUUGAUAGCUCUGACUAUGCUACACCAUUAGUUACAAGCUCAUCCAGUGCAAUCCAAGGCUCUCAAAUGGAUCCGGUUGGCCCAAGUGAUGGCAGAUGGAAGCAAUAUCUAUCAGAAGAGGACUUUAGUUUCAGCAAUCAGUACUCUUAUUGUGCACCAAUGUCAUAUCCGCAAUCCAAGGUUGAUAUAGCAUUAGAGCGCACACGGUUGCAACAGAGAUUUUCAUUGCCUCCACUACGAGUCGACGACUUUCCACAGGCUAACUUUGCUGCUGAUGCCAAUGUGUCACAUUCAAAUGUUUUCCAAGAAAAUAGAAAUAAACCUGAUAUGUUGGAGGAAAUUUUAUCUAUUGCUCAAGUCUCUCAGGAUUUUCAAACUCCAGUCACAACAUGGGAUGGGAUUUAUGCUGAAGGUGAUGAGUUUUUCUUUCCGUCCCAUUCUAAUCAAGUACCAGAUAUGUGUUCUCUCAAAUAUACAGACAACUUAAGAGAAGAACCAGACUAUAGGUCCAUUAAAAUUGGAGAGAACGAUGAAAUGAUCGAAUCCACGGGAAUGGUUGAGAACUUGAGAUGGUUAGGGAUGUCAAAUAAAGAACUUGAAAAGAUGAACUUUUCUGAGGAAUACAAGACCGUUCCAGUAGAAAAUAUUUCCAACUUUCAUAAUGAAGACCAUUAUUUUCAAGGUUAGUCUCUUCAAAUUCU